AUGGAAGUGGCUUCAUGGAUUCGUCAUCUGAUACAACAACAAUCAGCUCGAUCACUUGGUGAUUUUUUCCUUUUGGCCCCAGCAGGAAAAAAUCGUUAUAAAAUUGGUGUUAUAUCAAAAAAGGAUUUUUUGUUGCUUUGGAAUUGUAAGUGGCCAAGUGUUAUGAAUAAAAUUGAUAUUGAAAUAGAAAGACCUCGUGUUUUACCUGAUUCAUGUGCAGUAGUUUUACGUUAUGUACCAACGGAUUUACCAAGGGAAUUUUUUAUUCAGGAAAUAUCAAAAUCAAUUAAAUCAGCUAUACAAUUUUCAAAAAUCAAUUAUCAUCAGGUAUUAAAUAUUGGUCGUUUAGCUAUUGGUCAUGUACUCUUACCAAUAACUGCAUUUAUACCUGUUCUUAAAAUGACUUAUUGUAAUAAUUGUUGGGAGUUAGGUCAUACAAGAUAUCAAUGUACAUUAGGUCCACGCUGUCGAAAAUGCUUAGAUCCAUGGAAUCAUAAUCAUACAUGUCAAAAAACAGUAUUAUGUGCUCAAUGUCAAGGUGCACAUGCUUCUCUUAGUACGGAAUGUCCUGUAGUUUCACAUUAUCGUCGUACUUUAAAAGAAGAAGUAAAUCAUGCAGUUAAGGAUGGAUGGUUAAAUCAGGUCAAGGUGAAUCAUAAAGGUGGUACAGGUAGUAUGGUCAAGAAAGGUGAGCUCCACAUGUAA